GGAGGUGAGCCAGCCCCGGGUCCCUGCGACCUCUACCUCUCUGAGCCCUCUCAGCCUGGGCUUGCCGCCAGCGGUGACCUGGGCUCUGCUUUCUUCCGGAAGGAAGAGGGGAACAAUGACGAAGAUCCAGGAGGCAGUGACGUUCAAGGACGUGGCCGUGGUCUUCAGCGAGGAGGAGCUGGGGCUGCUGGACCCUGCGCAGAGGAGGCUGUACCGGGAUGUGAUGCUGGAGACCUUCAGGAACCUGCUCUCAGUGGGACAUCAGUCCUUCAAACCAGAUGUGAUAUCCCAGUUGGAGAGGGAGGAAAAGCUCUGGGUGAAGGAGCUCCAGACCCACACAGGAGGCGGGACUCGAAGCAGGGUGGAGAUUCUUCGAGAAGCAGGGUUAAAGUGCCUUUCCUUGGGAGAGCUUUCGUGCUGGCCCAUCAAGACACACGCAGUGAACAGACUAGGUGAAAGUCAAGACCGCACGACAAACAGUCAAGGGACGCGCGCUCGGUUCCCCAAGCAGUGCCGCCCCUUCUGCCCCAUGGGGGCCGGAGGCCCCCUCCAGGCAGCCGAGGAGGGUGGCUGCCUUGCGACUCUCACCGGGGACCAUUCCAUUGUUAUUGAAAAUCAGGGGUUUCCAAUCGGAAAAGCUCAGAGUCCUUGGAGUGAUCGGUGUCUCAGUGAGACACAGAAGCAUCAGGAAAGCUGUAAACAGAUGAAAAACAAACUGUGCCCGUUCGCUCCCCUGGGCGACAUUUUAAGUUGCGAUUCUCACUCCCGCGGUGAUGCGGAGCAGGACAGGGAGCCGGCCUCCGCCCAGCGCGCUCACCUGGGGCAGGGAACGCGCCAGACUGCCGGAUGCCGGGAAGCCUUCGGGGCCAGUGCCCCUGGACUCGAGCAGGUCCUCUGGGGAACGAAGCCGCCAGCAGGGGGCAUCCGCGAGGCCCACGCCAGUCACAGCCCGGGGGCUCCCGCACCGCCCGACGUUCUCACGGGGAAGAAGCGCUACUGGUGUCACGAGUGCGGCAAGGGUUUCAGCCAGAGCUCCAACCUGCAGACCCACCAGCGCGUCCACACCGGGGAGAAGCCCUACACCUGCCCCGAGUGUGGCAAGAGCUUCAACCAGAGUUCGCACCUGUACGCCCACCUGCCCAUCCACACCGGGGAGAAGCCCUACCGCUGCCAGAGCUGCGGGAAGGGCUUCAGCCGCAGCACCGACCUCAACAUCCACUGCCGCGUGCACACCGGCGAGAAGCCGUACAAGUGCGAGGCCUGCGGGAAGGGCUUCACCCAGCGCUCCCACCUGCAGGCGCACGAGCGGAUCCACACCGGAGAGAAGCCCUACAAGUGCGGGGACUGCGGCAAGCGCUUCAGCUGCAGCUCCAACCUCCACACCCACCAGAGGGUGCACACGGAGGAGAAGCCCUACAGGUGCGAGGCGUGCGGCAAGUGCUUCAGUCUCAGCUUCAACCUCCACAGUCACCAGCGCGUGCACACCGGGGAGAAGCCGUACAAAUGCGACGAGUGCGGCAAGGGCUUCAGCUCGGCCUCGAGUUUCCAGAGCCACCAGCGGGUGCACACGGGCGAGAAGCCAUUCCGCUGUAGCGUGUGCGGGAAGGGCUUCAGCCAGAGCUCCUACUUCCAGGCCCACCAGCGGGUGCACACCGGGGAGAAGCCCUACAAGUGCGAGGUGUGCGGGAAGCGCUUCAACUGGAGCCUGAACCUGCACAAUCACCAGCGCGUCCACACCGGGGAGAAGCCGUACAAGUGCGAGGAGUGCGGCAAGGGCUUCAGCCAGGCCUCCAACCUUCAGGCGCACCAGAGCGUCCACACCGGGGAGAAGCCCUUCAAGUGCGCGGCGUGUCAGAAGCGCUUCAGCCAGGCCUCGCACCUGCAGGCCCACCAGCGCGUCCACACGGGGGAGAAGCCCUACAAGUGCGACACCUGCGGCAAGGCCUUCAGCCAGAGGUCCAACCUCCAGGUCCAUCAGAUCAUCCACACCGGCGAGAAGCCCUUCAAGUGCGAGGCGUGCGGGAAGGAGUUCAGCUGGAGCGCAGGGCUGAGCGCCCACCAGCGGGUGCACACGGGCGAGAAGCCCUACACCUGCCAGCAGUGCGGGAAGGGCUUCAGCCAGGCCUCACACUUCCACACGCACCAGAGGGUCCACACGGGGGAGAGGCCGUACAUCUGCCACGUCUGCUGCAAGGGCUUCAGCCAGAGGUCGCAUCUCGUCUACCACCAGAGGGUCCACAGCGGAGGGAGUCUCUAGAGACAGGUGGUGCAGCCUCCUGGCCCCUUCAGGACCCAGGAGCGUCACAGAAUCUUCUCCAGAAAGCCGCUCUCUAAAAUGGCAUUUUAAGACCUCAGGAGGCAAAUUCUUUAUAGAUGUGGCAGUUCACCAAUAUAAAACUAUCCUAUCUAUACACGUGAUCAGUGUUUACACCAGACUUCCAAAGUGUCACCAUUUGUGACAAAAAAUCUUGUUUGCCAGAAAAGAGACCUUGUGAAUGAGGAUUAUGGGCAGGACUUUGACAAAAGAAUGAUUGACAAAAAUCGAUGUGAGGGCUGGGGAUGUAGCUCAGUUGGUUGAGUGCUUGCUUUGCAAGCACAAGGCCCUGGGUUCAAGUCCCCAGCACCGCAAAAAAAAAAAAAAAAAAUCAAUGUCAACUAAAGUGUAACUUCCACAUGGGAAGAGCUGCUCCCCGGAUCUCUGCCAUGCAGAGCUGUGCUCGGCCCCAGGAGGACCCAGCAAUUGGGGAAAAUCCCUUAAUUGAAGAUACUAGUGGGUUCCCUGCCACAUACUCAUACUAAUUUAUAAGUAUAAAGAUUCCUACACGUAGCCUUAAGAGUUUCUGGAAAUAUUAAAGUACGACGCGUUAUUCAACACCGCCAUCCACGGUACACACGUAGACAAGACCGUGAACGGCCCCCCUCCGUCAUCGGGCCUCAGUUCUUUGUUUGGUUUUCAGUCUGUACAGUGUAAUUUUUAGUGUCGUUUGUAUUUUAUAGACUGAAAAAUGCUAUUUUUUAACAACUCAACAGGACAUGACAAUUUACAUGAUUGGAAUUUUGGGGUCCUAAUUUAUCAAGGUAGAGCUUGACUGUAACUCUUUGAAAACGUUGAAAGUUACCGAUGACAAAAUGAGUAAACUUCAGUUGUUGAUUGGCUGCUUCUCGUCAUUUCCGUCGGUCCAGGUUGAGGCCAGCUCGUGUUUCUGUAGCGUUCUCCCGCCGGGCCUCCGAGAGGCUUUGGCAGGGUUUACUCUUCCUUCUGCUCCACAGGAGUCCUGAGACUGGGUCAUUGAUAAGGAGCAGAGGCUUUGGUGUUCUGGAGUCUGAGAAAUCCAAGAUCCAGAGACCCCCACGAGGUGAGGCUUCUGACCGCAUCCUCCCGGCAGUAGGCAGGGUAGGAGAGGGGAUGCGGGCACUCCCAGGACAGUCCACCUGCUCCCACCUGAACAGAUUGUGUCCAUUCAUGACCCUUGCCUCCAAAAGGCCCGCCCCACCGCUUACAUUAGAGAUCAAGAUUCCAACACAAACUCUAGGGGACAUGUUCAUGUAGCAGAGUCCAGCAACCUUAAUUUUCAUUAAGUGUAGUGAUUUAGGUUGAUUUCCAUUUACACAGCAUUCUGUGAUCCCUUCUCGGUAUGAGUGAACGUGACCUUUGGGAGACUGGCUUGUCAGUAUGUACCAGAAUGCCCUUUGACCUGGGCGUUCUCAUGCUAGAAAUUCGCUGAGACUGUUCACAAGGAUAUUCUGAAUUUAAAAAAAUAAGGCAGUAGCAAAUGGUGUGAAUAAAUCUUGCUGUGUUAACUGCAGCUGGUUAAGACGAUGACAGGAAAAGAACCCAGGUUAUUAACAAAAGGUUACAGCCUCCCUGGUGUGAUCCAGUCAAUGCAAGUGUGACUGAAGGCAACCGUGUGCAUGGGGAGCACGUACAGAAGAGCAGGUGUCAACAUGCCAAGGGUGGCCGACUCGGGUGGCGGUGGGGGGUGAUCUUUGUCUAACCUCAAAAAAUUCUUUACAAUGAACUAUUAGUUUUACCAAAGCUGGGAAACCAGAUGCAUAAACAACAAUCUCUUUCAGCAAAAUCUCAGCUUGGUUGCUUUACCACACAGCAUGUAAACCUGUGCUACAGAGGAAUAGAAAAGAGUGUUCGCUGUUGGUAACAGCAAACCUUCCAUUCAUCACUGGAUUGUCAGCAUCUGUGCAGAACACUGUGCAGAAGGACAUUAGGGAAGGUCAGUUUACAGUUAGUCAUUGGUAGGUACCCAGAAUGUUUAGAAAAGUGGAGACAGGAUUUUGACUGCGUGCAUACAUUAGUGCGCUU